GACGCCCUGUCUCCCAGCCACUCCUCGCCUUCUUGGAUCGGACCCCCAAGAGACCUCAGCUGUCACCCGUCCGGCCGCGACGGCUGGGGGCGGCAGGCGUCUUUGUUCGCAAGGGGCCCCUCCCGCGCGGUGUCACACUCCCCCCCCCUCCGGCGCUCACCACGGCCAGGUGGCGGCGGGUGCCUUUUGGGGUGCGCGGCUGUGCCAUUGGUGGAUUUUUUUAAACCCUGCUGGAGGGGGCGGCGAGCGCACCGCACUACCGGCUGCCGCUCCCGCUCUCCCGCCGCUCCUCUCUGCGGCUACCGCGCGCCUCGCCCCGGGCGGCCCAGCGCGCUCCUCCGACGCCGAGAUGAAGGUGCUGGGACACAGGCUCCAACUGCUGACAGGGCUUCUGCUCCACGACAUGACCAUGGCAGGGCUGCAGGAGCUGCGAUUUCCUGAGGAGAAGCCCCUGCUCCGGGGCCAGGAUGUUACGGAGCUGGAUAACCCUGACGCCUUCCUCACAGUUGUGGACACAGACUGGAAGGAACAUGACAUCGAGACGCCUUAUGGCCUUCUGCAUGUAGUGAUCCGGGGCUCUCCCAAAGGGAACCGGCCAGCCAUCCUCACCUAUCAUGAUGUGGGUCUCAACCACAAGCUGUGUUUCAACACCUUCUUCAACUUUGAGGAUAUGCAGGAGAUCACCAAACACUUUGUGGUGUGCCACGUGGAUGCCCCCGGGCAGCAGGUGGGAGCGUCACAGUUUCCUCAGGGGUACCAGUUCCCCUCCAUGGAGCAGCUGGCUGCCAUGCUCCCGAGUGUGGUACAGCACUUCGGGUUCAAGUACGUGAUUGGCAUUGGAGUGGGAGCCGGAGCCUAUGUGUUGGCCAAGUUUGCGCUCAUCUUCCCUGACUUGGUGGAGGGGCUGGUGUUGAUGAACAUUGACCCCAACGGCAAAGGCUGGAUUGACUGGGCCGCCACCAAGCUCUCUGGCUUGACCAGCACUUUGCCAGAUACCGUACUCUCCCAUCUCUUCAGCCAGGAGGAGCUGGUGAACAACACGGAGCUGGUGCAGAGCUACCGGCAGCAGAUCUCAAACGUGGUGAACCAGGCCAACCUGCAGCUCUUCUGGAACAUGUACAACAGCCGUAGAGACCUUGAUAUUAACCGGCCUGGGACAGUGCCCAAUGCUAAGACGCUCCGCUGCCCAGUGAUGCUGGUAGUCGGGGACAAUGCACCUGCUGAGGACGGGGUGGUUGAGUGUAACUCCAAACUGGACCCAACUACUACGACCUUCCUGAAGAUGGCAGAUUCUGGCGGUCUUCCUCAGGUGACACAGCCAGGGAAGCUGACUGAGGCCUUCAAAUACUUCCUGCAAGGCAUGGGCUAUAUUGCACAUUUGAAGGACCGAAGGCUGAGUGGAGGAGCAGUGCCCUCAGCCAGCAUGACCCGCCUUGCACGCUCACGUACCGCAUCCCUCACCAGCGCCAGUUCUGUGGAUGGCAGCCGCCCUCAGCCCUGUGCCCACUCAGACAGCAGUGAAGGGAUGGGCCAGGUCAACCACACCAUGGAGGUGUCCUGCUGAAGCCCUCGUCCUGCCCAAGAUGCCCGCUUACCUGCCCCCAGGUCCCACUGCCGUCUCCGCACAGGCUCAUCUGCCCUUUAGUUUUAUUUUUGUGAGAGUGAAGGGAAGGAAAUGGGGUUACUUCUCUUUUAUUUAAAAAAAAAUGAGGGGAUCCACCUUAGGACAGCACAGCACAACAGUCUUAGAUGGUGUGAGGGGCUUGCCUUACACACUCCGUCUCAAUGUCACUGGUUGAUAUGGCCCCUCUCUGCCCACCUGGGGUGGCCAGGGUAGAGGAUACAGUACUGAAGAAAGCAAAGCCCACCCAGGGAGCUAGCAGAUGUGGGGUUUGAAGAUGGUGGGUGGGAGCCAGGGCAGUGGGGAGCCUUGGACCUCAGAGUGUCGCUUUCCUGUGACCCUUUCCUGUAACAUCAAGCACACCUAUUCUAAUGAGAGGUGACAGUCGUGAGGAUGGUAGCCACAAGAGGGCGCUCUAGACAGACAUUUUCCUGGUGCUCUCUGGGCAGGCCAGGUGAUAUAAGGCCAGCCAGGCUGAAAAGUACAGAGAACCCUCCUGACAUGGGGGCAGGAACCCCCAUACUCUGCCACCACGGGGCCAUGUCCCAUCCUGAGGGAAAGGUCACCUGGUCUCUUACCCCUGUUGGCAGAGGUAAAAUGUUGAUUGCUUUGUAUGCUGUGUGUAGUCCCUGAGAAUGGCAGGUACUGUAGGUCGGUCCCUCUUGUCCUAGAUUUCACCAAGUGUUUGUCACAGUGCCCUGGUCAACUUGGGCCAGUGUGUCACAGACAUUACUUGAGAAGUGAGCUUGUUAGAAAGAUCCAAGACACAUGAAAUGACCUCUGCUUGCUGCAGGGGCUGGAGAUUGCCUGGUCCUUGGGUGGGAAAUGGGCCAUCCUUGAGGUGAACAAAGGCUCCUACAGCCCACAACCAUGUCUGCCAUCUCGCCGAGUGGACUCUCACAGCCCAGAGUGAUGGUUUGAGCCUGGCUGUUGGUUUCAUUCAGUGUCACUCCCCAGAGAAGAGAGAGCACUUAUGUGGGAAUAUGGGGGAAGGGUGAUGUAUGUGGUGGUGUGUGAGUGUUCUGAGACAAGAGGACACCGACAUCCAUGUAUCUGUGGCACAUGCCGCCCCUUUCUGUAACUGUAAGCCAUUUCUAGACUGCUCUGGAGUCCAAUGGAGUGUAUCCCAUCCCCGGUUCUGUUUACUCACGUGCUUCCGUGAAUACUGAAUGUGACUGUUUAAAGCUGGUAGAAUUAAUCCCUUACUGUAGAUAGCACUUCAAGUAUUGGACAUCUUUUUGCUGUGUUCUUAAGAUAUCUAUAAAUACCUAUACAUUAUAUAUAUAUAUACACGUAUGUAUAUCAGGUCCUCCUGUAUGUGGUUUUCCGUUGAUGGUUGUCUUCCCUUUGGUCAAGAUGAACUUUUAAUGGGGUUCAUUACUUUUCCUCUCUGUACAAAGAGCCUAAUUUUGUGUAUUCUGGUGGUUGAUAAGAGAGUUUGAGAUUACAAAAUGCAAAACAAAAAUCCUUGAUAUAGAAAGUUAAGUGUGCAGAAUAAUAAAGAAAUUAAGUGCA